AUGAAAGGACAAAGUCCCAGUUAUUAUGAACCCUUAAACCCAUCACUUGUAGAAGAGAAUAUCUUUAUGGGUGUGCGAAGAGGUAAAAACUGAUUUCUCUUCAAGCUUUCAACUUUUUACAGUUAAAACAGCUCACCUUCGGACCACCAUUUUCUUUCUACACAACUAGAAAAAAGGAUUUGAAAUUUUUUUUUCGAAGACACGUCUCGUGAAUCCCGGCAUUUAUCUAAACUGAAAAAUUGCCAUGUUUGUUGAAAAUCUGAUAGGUGUACUGACAGAAAACUCAGAUGAAAAUGGAAAAAAAAAAUCAUACGGUAUACUAUAAUUGUGAUACCCUAUGUAAUGAGUAUUGAUAACUUUCCGCGGAGAAAAAAAAUGAAUUGAAAUAAAUGUUUCUAAUUCCACAGAUUUUUUUAAUGAAAAGAAGACUUCUAUACGUACGCAUGUGACAUGUUCACUUGGUCUACAAACACAAUACAACCUGGUUGUCCAGGAAAUAUCCAGGCGCACGUUGUUUAACCUCUUGGUUUGCGAGAUAUUUUGGCUUAAUUGACAAGCGAACGGCCAGGAAGUACUACCAAUUGCUUUUUGCUUGCGUAGUCACAGUACAGUCUCCCUAAAGGAUUUCCUCCUAUUGGUUGAACGCUCUGGAUCACUCUUCACGUCAUAAUAACAAGUAUCAUCUGAAGUUGCUGGUAGUUACAUACUUUUUCUUCAUGAGCAAUUCAGCGAACCACACUCGACUGGUGGCCGCGACAUUGAGACCGGAAAGACAGGAGCUGCAAGUUAA